AUGGGGCUCCCAGGCUGGAUGCGGCGGUGCGAGAUCUAUGCGAUCUGCAUGGUGUGGCCCAUCGCCACCGUGGUGGGACUGGUAGGCACCUACCGUCUCUUCAUAUGGAGCUACGGCGGUCGUGAAUGCUUCCGCUACGUUGCCAUUCAGGAGCCGUUUAAGGAGGAGUGGUAUCAGGCGAACCCCAAGUCGGCGCUUGGCAUGGACACGCCGCUCUCGCACGUGCCCAAGUACCUGGAGACGCCAGGGUACACCGUCGAUGGGGCCACGGACGAUCAUCCACACCACCGCAACUUCUAA